CAUGGACGUCAACAGCAACGGCUCCAGUGGCAAUGAGUCCCACGGGGAUUCACACAGCAGCGGCAACGGGAAGGACUCGGCUCUCCUGGACACCACCGAGAGCAACAAGAGCUCCAAUUCGCAGAGUCCGUCCCCUCCCAGCAGCUCCAUCGCCUACAGCCUUUUGAGUGCUAGCUCAGAGCAGGACAACCCCUCCACCAGCGGCUGCAGGUAAGCUGGGAUGUGCAGGUAAGGCCUCCCCAGGUGUGCAGAACGCACCUGCAGGUGUGCAACGCAACUCUGGAGAAUGGACGGCACGGGAACGUUUAGUAGGCAGAGAGAGCAAAGCGGGGGAAAAAAAAUCUUGAAUGUUAUCUCCUUGCCUCUUGGAACUCUUUGCUUCCUCUCUAAGGAAGUAAAUAAGAAUAUGGACUUUUUUACUCCAAGGAAGUAAAUAAGAAUAUGGACUUUACUCCAAGGAAGUAAGUAAAAAUAUGGACAUUUUUACUCCAAGGAAGUAAGUAAAAAUAUGGACUUUACUCCAAGGAAGUAAGUAAAAAUAUGGACUUUUUUACUCCAAGGAAGUAAGUAAAAAUAUGGACUUUUUUACUCCAAGGAAGUAAAUAAGAAUAUGGACUUUACUCCAAGGAACAGUGAGCAGUCGGCCCGCGUGAAGACGCAGAAGGAGCUGAUGAAAGCCCUCAAAGAGAUGAAGAUUUGUCUGCCCUCCGAGAAACGCAGCAAGGGGAAAUCAGGCACUCUGGCCACCCUCCAGUAUGCCCUCUCCUGCGUGAAGCAGGUCCAAGCGAGCCAGGAUUAUUACCAGCAGUGGAGCAUUGACGACAGCCAGACCUGCAGCCUGGAUAUGUCCACCUACACCAUUGAGGAGCUGGAGAACAUCACGUCUGAAUACACCCUCAAAAACCCUGACACCUUUACAGUUGCCGUGUCUUUCACCACGGGGAAAAUCCUCUACAUCUCCGACCAGGCGGCCUUCAUCCUGCGUUGCAAGAGAGAGGUCUUCAAGGGGGCGAAGUUUGCAGAGUUUUUGGCCCCGCAAGACGUCAGCAUCUUCUAUGGAUCCACAGCUCCGUACCACCUGCCCUCCUGGGGCGCCUGCCCCAUUGCCACAGCCUCCAUGGACUACACCCAAGAGAAAUCCAUCUUUUGCCGCAUCAGUGGAGGCCAUGCCGGAGGACGGGAGCUUCGCUACUACCCCUUCCGGCUGACCCCUUACCUGACCAAGGUGCGGGAUUCGGACAGCGCCGAGGGUCAGCCCUGCUGCCUGCUCAUCGCCGAGCGCAUCCAUUCGGGCUACGAAGCCCCCAGGAUUCCUCCCGAUAAACGAAUCUUCACCACCAGACAUACCCCCAACUGCUUGUUUCAGGACGUGGAUGAGCGAGCUGCCCCCCUGCUUGGCUACCUCCCCCAGGAUCUGGUUGGGACCCCUGUCCUUUUCUACUUGCACCCUGAGGACCGGCCUCUUAUGCUGGCCAUACACAAGAAAAUCCUGCAAUACGCCGGCCAGCCGUUCGACCACUUGCCCAUCCGUUUCUGUGCCCGCAACGGGGAAUAUGUCACCAUUGACACCAGCUGGUCCAGCUUCGUCAACCCCUGGAGUCGCAAAGUCUCGUUUAUCAUGGGCAGGCACAAAGUGCGGACGGGUCCCCUCAACGAGGAUGUCUUCACCGCCCCCAAAGUCUUGAAGUCCAAGGCCCUGGAGGUGGAAAUUCAGGAGCUGUCCGAGCAGAUUCACCGGCUGUUGCUGCAGCCGGUGCACAGCAGUGGAGCCCCGGGCCUUUGCAGCAACUCGGCCUCCCACGAACAGUUCCCGAGCAUCGCCUCUUCCAGCAACAGCAACGGCUUCCCCUCAGAGGAGGCCCAGGCCCUCCGGCCGGUGACCUUCCAGGAAAUCUGCAAGGAUGUCAACAUGGUGAAGAACCAGGGCCAGCAGGUCUUCAUCGAUUCCCGGGUCAAACCUCUGUCCAUCAAGCCUUCUCGGCCAGCUCUGGAUCCACCCGUCAGUCGCCCAGGGCAAUCGAGGGAGACCUUGAGGAGGGGCAUGGAGACGUGGUCGGGCAAGGCAGCCCCCUCCGAGGACUCGGUGCGGAAGGAGCCUUCCAACUACUCCUACCAGCAGAUCAACUGCCUGGAUGGCAUUAUCCGAUAUCUGGAAAGCUGUAACAUCCCCAGCCGCGUGAAACGCAAGUGUGGUUCGUCCUCCUACACCACCUCCUCCAAUUCAGACGACGACAAGCGGAAAGUGCGCCAACAGGUGGCCGCGCGGAACAAAGAUGUGCCCGAGGAGAGGCUGCCGGCCACAGAGAGCCAGAGGGAAGAAACUGGGGCGGCGGCGGCAGCUGCUGCCGCCGCCGUGGUGGGAAGCCCUCUCACUCCGCUGGCCUUGCCCACUAGCACAGCUGAGAGCGUGGUGUCCGUGACCAGUCAUUGCAGCUUCAGCAGUACCAUCGUCCACGUGGGAGACAAGAAACCCCUGGAGUCGGACAUCGUCAUGAUGGAAGAGACAGUGCCCAGCACCACCCCGCCCGCCCCAGCACUCAACGGGACUCCCGGACGGGAGCCGCAGUACCGCCGGGUGGGCCUGAGCAAGGAAGUGCUCUCCAUCCACACCCAGAAGGAGGAGCACUCCUUCCUCACCCGCUUCAAGGACCUCAGCCAGCUGCACGUCUUCAACUCCCCCUCCAGGCACAGCUGGCAGGAGCUGCACCACCCCCGGGCCCAGAACCAGCGAGGACCCAGAGGCCGGUGCCAGGGCCCUCGCGGGUCAGGCAGACGGGGACGCAGCCGGAAGUCCAAGGCCAAACGCAUCCGGCAGAACAAAUCGUCAGACAGCACCAGCUCCCCCCAGACCUCCGUUGGCUCCCCACCACAGCUGCCCUGUCCCCCAGCCGCCUCCUCUUGGGCCCCCUCCGGCCCUUCCCCGCCCUCCCUCCCAAACAUGUCCUACCCCACCGUUAUGCCCACCUACCCCAUCCCUGUCUUUCCCCCUCGCCCCACCGCGCCCCCGGCCACCGAGGCUUCGCACAACCCCUUGCCGGCCCCUCAGUUCCCCGCCCCUCUCGUCGGCCCCAUGGUGGCCCUCGUCCUGCCCAAUUAUGUCUUCCCCCAGAUGAACAACCCCCUCCCCCAGGCAUACUUUCCUGGGAGUCCCGUUUUCCCCUUCGGGCCUCCGCCGCCGGUUGGCGGCACGCUGGCUCCUGGGCCCGAAGCCGUCCUGCAGGUCCCCUCCCGCUCUUCCACCCCGCACUCGAUGAGCCAGCCCGAGCGGGCCGAAUCCCCCCUCUUCGAGUCGCGCUGCAGCUCCCCCUUGCAGCUGGACCUGCUCCAGAUGGAAGAGCUGCCCAAGCUGAGUGACCGCCAAGAAGCCGCCCUGAGCGGUCAAGCGGGACCAGCCGGCACCUCAGCAGAUUGGGUUGGAGUGUCCGGCGGGCAGGGCCUGGGGAAUGAACUCGGCCCGCCAAAGGAAGCCUGCAUGGUGGAAGCUCAUGAUUCCUCCAACAACGACGCUUUGUCCAGCUCCAGUGACCUCUUGGAUCUCCUCCUUCAAGAAGAUUCGCGCUCCGGCACGGGGUCAGCCGCCUCGGGCUCCAUGGCCUCGGGCUCCAACGGGGAGAGCACGUCUGCCAGCGGGACCACCAGCAGCAAGAGUAGCAACACCAGCAAAUACUUCGGCAGCAUUGACUCGUCCGAGAAUGAUUUACGGGCCAAGAAGCGAUCCGCACAGGAUAACGAACACUUCAUGAAAUACGUCCUCCAGGAUCCCAUCUGGUUGCUGAUGGCCAACACCGACGAUAAGGUCAUGAUGACCUAUCAGCUGCCCACCAGGGACAUGGAGACUGUCCUGCAAGACGAUCGCGAGAAACUGAAGCAGCUGCAGAAGCAACAGCCCAGAUUCACAGAAGAGCAGAAGAAGGAGCUGGCCGAGGUCCAUUCCUGGGUCCAGAAGGGGAUCUUGCCCAGAGCCAUUAACAUCACGGUGAGGAGGCCACUGGCGGCGCCCGGCGGGGGGGGGGGGGGAGGGGGGGAGGGAGGGAUGUCGAGAGCAACAAGGGGCCACCGGAAAAACAACCGCAGGGUUGGAAAAGGGACCUUGAAGGCCUUCUAGUCCAACCCCCUGUUUGAGCAGGGGAUUCUAU